AUGAAAAAGACUCCAAUGCAGAAGAAAUCAAUAAUCCAUCCACAUUUCAGUGGUCCGGUAGCGCUUGAUUCACGGUCAACGUGGGCACCACGGGUGUUGGCCUGCGUUGCCAUCAGCGCUCGCUGCUAUAAUGUUGUACAGUUUGGGGAACUACAGGCUCGCGAGUGCUUACUUGCCGAUAAUUAUACCAUAUACGAGCUUUGUCCUACUGAACUACGUCUUAGCGAAGUCUAUGUAGUUGUAUAUAAAGGAUAUAUGUAUACAUUAUCGAUGGCUUUUAUUCCAUUCAUUCUAUUAACUAUUCUGACAUUUGGCAUCGUCUACCUUCUCCGAAUGAAACAUGUAAAAUCCGAAAAGGUCAUAUGUGAAUGUAAGUUUUUUUUCAGUUCGAGUUUAUUUUUGUUAUUUUGUUUACUCCUGUAG